UCAGGAAAGGGGCACGACCGCUGCACGACCGCUGCACGAUGCCGCUGACCGCGAAAGCGGAGAGGCGCAAGCGACGCAAGGCCUCCGAGGUGGCCGCUGCCUCCGUCGAGCCCGAGGUCGCCACCGAGGCGCCGGAGCCGCCCGCCGAGCCCCACAACGAGUCGGAAAUGGAGGUCGAGCCGGCAGCGCCCGAUCAGACGGCGAACCGCCUCCUGCUCAUGACGGCAGAGCACGAGGCGGCGGUGGCGCGGCGGUUGCUCCAGCAGGGCGGUCGCUGUUGGCUGCAUCAGCUUAUCGAUGACGACUCCGAAGUCUUCGAGAGCGAGGCGAAGGAGGAGAUGGUGAUCGUCGCGCGGGAGGUGGACGACUACUGCUUGAUGGUCGGCGACACGCGGCCCGAGGGCAUCUUCGGCUCCACGCUCGCGGCGGAAGCCGUGGUGGCGGCCCGCGAUUUCGAGGAGUGCGUGAGAGAUGGGACGAUUGUCGGCCGAGGAAGAUUAGGCGACUGGGUAGUUCCCGAUCUCUCCGAGGAGUACGACGACCUGACGGAGGCAGAAGAGGCCGAGGCGAGGGGGCUGGCGGCUAGAGCCAGCUAUAGGCGCGCGAUCCACCAGCUCAAGGCGGCCUUCCCGGAGCUGCCGACGCCCGAUCCCGUGGUGCGGCGGUGCGUCUGCAGCUCAGGCGCCCCACGAUGGCCCUGGGCGCUUGACAUCAAUUGCGUCGACGAUUCCUACUGCCGCGGCCCGGACGAGUGCCGACCGUUCAGCGAGGUCAAGUUUCUUUGGCGCAGAGCGUGGGGCAUGGGCUCUAUCUCCGCGGAGCUCGGAAGCGCGUACCUUUACCGCGAAGCUCGGCAGCGCGUCCACGACCGCUGGUGCGCCGCCGGGCCUAGGCUCCCGCGCGGGCAGAAAAAAUCCGUGGGUUGACGGGCAUAUCUCGGGCCCACUUUCGAGUUAGUGCGUGAUCUUGGGUGUUUAUGAUAGCCCACAAGGGUCUUCUGGAGCAUGGUAGCGGUGGUUUUGCGCGAGGCGUUCAUUUAAAAAUCACCAUUUCCCC